GGCGAGGCUCCAGGCUGCGGGAGUCGUGGAGCCACCGCUGCCCGCCGUGGUCCUUACCAUCCUGGCCCGCAAUGCCGAGCACUCACUGCCCCACUACUUGGGCGCGCUGGAGCGGCUGGACUACCCCCGGGCCAGGCUGGCCCUCUGCUUCAGAGCCCAAACUUAAGCCCCAUGGGCCCUGUGAUUGGCUUGACCUGGAGUGGAGCAGACAGGAACAGCUGGCCUUCCCUGGGUCCCCACGUGGCAGAGAUCAGCAGGACUGGGGGAUCCUGGGGAGCAGGUGUGCCACGGACCACAACACGGACAACACCACACAGAUGCUGCAGGAAUGGCUAGCCGCUGUGGGUGAUGGCUAUGCAGCUGUGGUCUGGAGGCCUGAGGGGGCGCCCAGGUCCUACCCAGAUGAAGAGGGUCCCAAGCACUGGACCAAAGAAAGGCACCAGUUUCUGAUGGAGUUGAAACAGGAAGCCCUGACCUUUGCCAGGGACUGGGGGGCUGACUACAUCCUGUUUGCAGAUACAGACAACAUUCUGACCAACAACCAGACACUGAGGCUUCUGAUAGAGCAGCGGCUGCCCGUGGUGGCCCCCAUGCUGGACUCCCAGACCUACUACUCCAAUUUCUGGUGUGGGAUCACCCCCCAGGGCUAUUACCGCCGCACAGCCGACUACUUCCCCACCAAGAACCGCCAACGCCGGGGCUGCUUCCGUGUCCCCAUGGUCCAUUCCACCUUCCUGGUAUCCUUGCGGGCUGAGGGAGCAGCCCAACUCGCCUUCUACCCCCCUCACCCCAACUACACCUGGCCUUUCGACGAUAUCAUCGUCUUCGCCUACUCCUGCCAGGCUGCUGGAGUCGCGGUCCACGUGUGCAACGAGCACCGUUAUGGGUACAUGAACGUGCCUGUGAAAUCCCACCAGGGGCUGGAGGACGAGAAGGUCAACUUCAUCCACCUGAUCUUGGAGGCGCUAGUGGACGGGCCCCCCAUGUGGGCCUCAGCUCACGUGUCCCGGCCCCCAAAGAAACCCAGCAAAAUGGGGUUUGAUGAGGUCUUUGUCAUCAGCCUGGCCCGCCGGCCCGACCGCCGGGAACGCAUGCUAAGCUCGCUCUGGGAGAUGGAGAUAUCUGGACGCGUGGUGGAUGCCGUGGACGGCCGGACACUCAACAGCAGUAUCAUGAGGAGCCUCGGCGUGGACCUGCUCCCUGGCUACCAGGACCCCUACUCAGGCCGCACACUGACCAAGGGCGAGGUGGGCUGCUUCCUCAGCCACUACUCCAUCUGGGAGGAGGUCGUUGCCAGGGGCCUGGCCCAGGUCCUAGUGUUUGAGGACGACGUGCACUUUGAGAGCAACUUCAGGGGGCGACUGGAGCGGCUUAUGGAGGAGGUGGAGGCAGAGAAGCUCCUGUGGGACCUGAUCUACCUGGGCCGGAAGCAGGUGAACCCUGAGGAAGAGGCAGCCGUGGGGGGGCUGCCACACCUGGUGGUGGCCGGGUACUCCUACUGGACGCUGGCGUAUGUCUUGAGCCUGGCGGGUGCUCGCAAGCUGCUGGCCUCCCAGCCCCUGCGCCGAAUGCUGCCUGUGGACGAGUUCCUACCCAUCAUGUUUGACCAGCACCCCAAUGAGCAGUACAAGGCGCACUUCUGGCCACGGGACCUGCGUGCCUUCUCUGCGCGGCCCCUGCUCGCUGCUCCCACCCACUACGCAGGGGACGCCGAGUGGCUCAGCGACACGGAGACAUCCUCACCCUGGGACGAUGACAGCGGCCGCAUCAUCAGCUGGAGUGGCUCUCACAAGACGCUGCGUGGCCCCCCCCUGGACCUGGCUGGCAGCAGCGGGCACAGUCUCCACCCCCACCACCCUCGGGACGAGCUCUAGGUCCAGGCAGUGACUCCAGAAGAGCUCUCAGGAGCAGGCCGCAGCUGGCCAGGGAGCGGACCUGGAGAUCGCUGGCAGGAGCCGCCACCAGAAGCCACAGACCCCAUAGAGACCCGACUGUCACCUCAGGCAUGGCCACUCUGCCCUCUGGCCCCACCUUACGUGGGGAGAAACCACUCAGAGAUGGGUCCCCUUCCCCAAAGUUCACGUAGCAAAAGGGCAGGGCUCCCAGGCCCUCUCACCCUCCUGACUCAGGAUCCGGGGUGGGGGGGGAAGGUGGGGGGCUCCCCAGCCUUCAGUUCCAAGCUGGGCCGACAUCAGGAGCCCUGCCUUCCCCGCAGACCCAACUGCUGGGGCCCCUCUGCCAUCUUCUACCUCCACCUCAGUCCCCUCCCCACUCGACGCCUGGGUCUCACCUGCCUGGGCCCACCCUCUCCCCUGGCCAGUGGGAAGUACAGGGGGGGUGAGAGGAGGGCCCUUGCAGACUUGGUGCCCAGCACAUGGUAGGCCCUCAAUAAAAGCCAGCUGGUAUGUGCACUUUAUAUGUCUAA